AUGCCCAAACGAAAACGCGGCGAAGACGAUGUGCCAGUAGAGAAAGUCUUCUCCCGCUUCCGCAUCGACCUGUACCGAGCCUUGAAAAAGGUCCGAGGCUUUGAGCGGCAGCGGCAGUCCAAACGUUUGCGCGAUGCAAAGGCCACGCCUGACAAAAAGGCCAGGAUAGAAAAGGAAAUUGUCGUUCUCAAGUCUCUCGAUCUGCAGCAAGCCGCCCACGCCCACCUUUGCUCCUCCCUUCUUCGCAUCAAGUCAAUCGCCGAGUCGGAUAAAUUGCCGGAGGAGAUUAAGGCAGGAAUUCCCAAACCGCAGCUGACGGACGAGGAGAAGGCGGCAUUGCACAAUGUCACGAGCGCGCUGUAUAAUCGGAAAGAGGUGAAGAGUGUGGUCGAAAGUGCUGUCGAGGCCGUGUGUAAGGCUAUCGGCGUGGCGGUACCGGAAAAGAAGGAGAAAAUUAAGGGAAAGAAGAAAAGUGAGGGCGAUGAUAGGCCUCAAGAAAGCAGUAAUCACGCGGAGGGCGACAAAGGGAGUACGAAGGACCGCAGCCCGGAGGAAGGAAAGUUGAAGGAGAAGAAGAAGAGGAAAGGGAGUGAAAGCGCCAAGGCGGGGGAAGGUGAGGAGGAAAAUGAAGAGGAGGAAAAGGCGAUUUCCCAACUGGAUGCACUGCUCGGUCUGGCAUCUGACACUGAAGAUGACGAGGAAGAGGAGGAAGUGCUCCAGAAGGGUCGGACAAGAAGGUCCACAGCUGCCAAAACGGAGCUCGAUCCGAUGGAAAUAACUACCGACGAAGAAGGGGAUGAAAGCGAUGCCGAGGACGAAGAUGGGACCGAUGAAGAGAACGAAUUUGAGGGCUUCAGCGACUCGGAUCAAAGCAAUCAAAAACAGUCGCCUAGCGACGACGAGAGCGUGGAUGUCUCUGAUGAUGAGAGCUCAGCGUCCUCCAUAGAUCGCUCGCCGCCGCCAAAGAAAGCUGCAACCUCGAAAAGGGGCGCCAAAACCAUACCUGGGGACUCUACCUUCCUGCCCACGCUCAUGGGAGGCUACAUCUCUGGUUCCGAGUCAGCAGAAGAUAUUGACGACAUUAGACCCCGCAAAAACCGCCGGGGUCAGAGGGCAAGACAAGCCAUCUGGGAGAAAAAGUACAAGGACAAGGCCAAACACCUGCAAAAGCAAGCCAGCCAGGGCCGCGAUGCAGGGUGGGAUCCUAAGCGAGGUGCGGUGGAUGGGGAUGCAAAACCGUGGAAGCGAGGCAUCCGCAACCCCUUGCUUGAAAAAUCGAAGGGGCCCGAGCCCGCACAAGCGCCUCCAAAGAAGGAUCCCCCAAAGAGAACGAGGGAUGACAGUGGUCCACUUCAUCCCAGCUGGGAAGCAAAGCGGAUGGCCAAGGAGAAGCUUACAGCUCCGUUUCAAGGCAAGAAGAUCACCUUCGACUAA